UCUUAUAUACCUGUACUGACUACCCAUAGCCAGUCGGUGACAGCGUGUUGUGGGGAUGUUCUCCAGUAAAGAUGGCCGGUAACUCUUUAAUCCAUCGAUACCACUUAUAAUGUCGUGGUAAAUUGAUCACCACUGAACCCCCACUACCGAGGAUGAUUUACAAGGUAUUAAAUUCCGAUGAAAUCGCAGAACUGCAGAUUGAACUAAAGCGAGGUCUACCCGGAACAGCUAAGGUUUAUUAUGUGAUCCGGAACCUAUUAAGUGGCUACCUACCUGGGAUCGAGCUGCUUGUCGAUGAUUGGCCGAAAUGGUCAUGUAUACUUCUCCGGCCGACAUCGGAAAAAAAGGUGAAAAGAUACUUCGAAAACACCUACAUCUGCUAUACGAAAAAUGUGUCGACCUUAAAAUACUUCGUACAGAGGCCUGACGUCAUUGACUGGAGCAAGCCGGCAAUCUUCACAGGAGUACCAAAUGAUCUGGUUUUACUACUCACCGAGAUGACCCGGAAGUACAAGGGUACCCUUUCCUCGUGUGAACCCAGGUUCAUGUACGCAUGGACAAAACAGUCACCACCGGAACUACCCGAAGUGCCAAAAGGUUUGCGCCUGUCCACCCUCGGACCGGAGCACGUGUCCAUCAUGUCCCAGGGCUGGGAAUGGUCACGGACGGACAUCGAGGGUUAUUUCCUCAGUGUUGUGGAACGAUUCGACAGUUCUUGUCUGCUGGACGAACAGGGAACGCUCCGGGCCUAUAUGUGUAUGCAGUAUAAUGGUUCUAUGGCGAUGCUGUACAUCCGUCCGCAGUACCGUAAAGACGGGUAUUUUAAUAUCAUUCUCAGCGAUUUAACACGCAAGAUACUCCUAAAGAACAAUAUUGCCUAUGGUUUCAUUCCUACAAACGAUACUUGUCUCAUCAACCAGUCCCGGGAAUUAGGAUUUGAGUGGGUACCCCGCGGGGAUAUGACUUGGGUAAAAUAUACCCCUCCUCCAAAAUUGGGGGACCUUCCUCCAGGGAACAAAACGCUGGUGGUAGGCCACAAGAAAGGGGAUGUUAAAGAAGGAAACGAGGAUGUAAAAACACCUGCGCAACCUCUCUUCAUCAACGCAAUUCCGCUAACGAUAGGGUGAUAUUUAAAAUCAUCUGAGUUGUGAAGCGAAUGAAAGAAAGAGACAGAGAGAGAGAGAGAGAAAUACAGGACUGGCUGUUGUCCAGUUCGUUUUGUAUUUAAGAUAUAUACAAGAGCGGCUAAUAGGGAGAGAGAGAGAGAGAGAGAGAGAGAGAUAUGGAAAGGGAGUGAGAGAGAAGCGAGGGCAAAUGAGAGACUUGAAACAGAGACAAGAGAUAACGAGCCGGUGAGACAAAAAUAGGGAUGACAUGAACUAUUAUGAAACUUUUUAAACUAAAAAUCAAAUACAACGUACUAAUCAUCGGUCAGCGUUAGAUCUUGUUACGUCACAUCCGGUAGUAAAUGGCAGGUCGAUACGGUCAGCGUUAGAUCUUGUUACGUCACAUCCGGUAGUAAAUGGCAGGUAGAUACGGUUUCUUGGUAAUGCGCAGAACAUUAAAAAAUACGGUGUCUAUUUCCAAGUACAUUUCGUUGAUAGACUAUGUCGAUUUAGGCUGAAAUAUACAUUAUAUAUAUUUAUUUUAUUCAAAUUUAAAUAUCUUUACAAAGAAAAUACAGAUUAACGUAAUAGCGUGAACAGACACAAGUGCCAAUAAAGGACAGUCAGGGAGUCGUCUUGUUGAUGUUAAAACGGACCUUGUUAUUAAAAGACGAGAUAUAUAUUUUCUGAUUAUCUUACUGUACAAGUAAGUUAGCAGAUCAAUAAUUACAAUCCUGUUCCAUUAUCAGAUUUGUACUGUCUGUCUUCACCGAUAUAAGUGACUAAUAUUCUCUCCGAGUAUUAUCUGUGUUAUUUCUGCUGGGUGUUCUAUCUUUGAUGUCUACAUGUAAAACUGGUCUGGUGUAUCCCAGACCUCCGGUAAAUGCCGUUUAGUUGAACCUACUGCUUUGUUGUUGUCUUUCCCAUUGCAGUAGUUGACCGGCAUGAUUAUAAUCUGUCAUUUCUAUCUACUGUUAUGCUAUUUUUCUUGACUUUGGAUAAUGAACUAAAAUAUUUCGCACUUUGCUAUGCUAGAAAUAUAUUCGAUCCUUUCUCAAAUGAAAAUAAGUAUUUUCACUUCAUUUAAAAUCAUAGACUUUGAACUAUAAUAACGUUCAACUAAUGGAAAGACAGUUUAUAAUAUCUUCAUUGAGAAAUUUAACCCUUUAUGUUUUGUGUGGCUAACCAAUUUAAUCAAACCUCAAUUUUUAACUUUGUCAAAAAUGGCGUGUAUGUAUAUGUUCAUAAAUUAUCUUUAUAACAUAUUUUAAGAUAUCAUCAAAUUUUACCUUUUUUGUGCCACCGCAAAUGUUUUUGUUUUUUAAUUUGAUGAUGCCAUUGAGUUUUUAUCCCAUUGUUGAAGAUUUUAAUAUAUUUAUUUAUAAUGGUUAAAUGGCGCCAGAAAGCAUUUCUUUAGAAAAUGACAAACGCCUGUCUAGCAUAUGUAUAUUUUUGCCAUUGGUUAUUGUUUUUUUAUGUUCAGUUUUAAAGAAAAUAAGAUUUGUGACGUCAUGACAUAGGUCUACGUCUUAUUGCAAUGUCGGCUGCUAUCUCCUUUGAAACCGAAAGAACAGUAUCUAGAGAUAUUCGCUUCUCGAUAAUCACACUCAUUGUCAGUUGUAAAUUUUGAAACUAUAAAUAAAACACGUGCCGAGAUGCACCAGGCAGUGAGUGUUUUGCCUAUCGUGUUUUAAGCCAUUUGUUGUAUUAUUUCAAUUACGCGGUUUCGUUCUUGUGGCUGUCACAUAUAGAUACAUGUACGGAGUAAUAUAUUUACGAGUUCAUGAAUAAAACAAGUCUUUAUCUAGAAAAAAACGCAACGUCAUGACUUUUUGUUUGUCUACAUAUCAGUUAUUUUUUCAAGAUGUGUUUUUCUCGUGAAAAGUCGAUCGCGAUUUUAAAAGUCCCGCGAAUAAUUAUUCAAGCACAUUCAUCGAACGUUUUCAUUUUGCGAAUUUUAAUUUGUGAAAGUAUUUCAUGUGUUCGCAAUUAUGAAUGAGCGGCUUGAACCUAGGUCGCAAAAUAAGCAUUGGACAUACAUGGCCAAGCACACACAAUUCCUCUGGAGGGAUAAGUCAAUCUUUCCCAGAGUACUUUGCACAUUCUCCAUUCGCCUCUGUCAAUGGUUCGCUUAUCGUUUGACUUUGAUGUCACAGUAAAUACAAUCUCUACCCUGGGUUGUCGUUCCUUACUAGUGAGUGUAAGGGACGACAACUCUGGGUAGAGAUUGAGUAAUUGUGGCAGCGCCAGGUAAAAAAAGUAAGACGGUUACACAUUGUUGUUGGAAAAGUGAAUGUUUUCCCGUUUCGGUCUGGUAAUCUUGAUAUUUUUUUUUAUCUCCAUUGUCAAUGGAGAUAAAAAAAAAAAAAUCUUCUGAAUGUAUGUUUCAAAUGGCAUAAAUAUUGUUCAAAUUAUUUAGAAUUGCUGCUUCUAGCGAGGCGUCUCACCACGGGUUCAAUCCGAAUGUCUUUCAUUCAAUUCCACCAUUCCUCGUCAUAUUUUCGUCAACUAUCCAACAUUUCUGUGUCCUUUUGGAGUCCACGUCAAGGCUUCACACUUUUAAUGGUCCUAACAAUUCAUCCUCAGGACGAACCCAAUCCACUCAUUAAUGACUCUUCUUGUAGUCUCGCAUUCCCCAGACUCUCGCCCUCUCUCGAGACUUCCUCGAGCGAGAGUCUCUCUAUCGAAACACGAGUGGAGAUAAGCGUCUGGUUGAGCGAGACUAGUCGUCUUGGUGAUGGUGACGGAAUUCUUUCGGAAUUCUCUGAUACAUCCCUCCGUAAUGUUAUUGAAUCAUUUGAAACAAAUUAAAUGUAUGCAAAUUGGAACUCGCGAAAAUAUAUGCAAGGAAUAACAGUAACUUAAUCCAUGAUUAUUUUUUUUAAUAUAAUUUUGCCAGGUUGUAUGGAAGAGAAGUAAGCUAUCAUCGGGUGGAGAUCUUUUGUCGAUAAAUGUGAGGUUCAUGGUGCACGCGGUGUGAGUUAUGGGAGAAUGAACAACAAUGUCCUGCAUUCAAAGAACAGUUGAUGUUUUUUUCAUGUUUUUUCCCUGUCUUGAAACCUUUCAAAUACUUUUAUUAGAAUGUUUUAAGUUUGCCUGUCACAGUAUAAUUAUGUGAAUUAAAACGACAUGUUUCGUGCAAUCUCACGUCAACACUGCUUUUGCAAAAUUAUUCAGCAUUCCAAGCUUAUUAUGUUCAUUUCUGUUUGACGUAAUGGGAUCUAUUUAAAAACAUCAAAAUUGGAAAUAAACAUAUCGUAAAAAGGACAAUACAAGCUAAGGUGGUGAGUCGUCUGUGAAGUUUCUCGCUUGCCUUACCUGUGAAGUCCCCAAAUAUACCAGUGCAGUAACCCGGUUUCGUACCCGAUUUUUGAGUAGUAUUUACCGUGUCGCCUUCUAUGGGCAAGUUAUUGUUCAUUCAAAUUGAUAAUUUUCUGUUAUGAUUCCAAUAAAACUUGGAAUAUACACUUGCGUAUAUACUCAUUAGUCGUGUAUACAUGUAUCUGUACUAAAAUAUCUGCUUAAAUAGUGUGUCUUGAUUGUAAUUAUGAGUGGAAAGCACAUUGAGAUUACGACAUUUUGACCAUACCUACCAUUUUUGAAGGUAUGUGAUCUACUAUCAAAUGUAAUCCUAUUUAGUACCUUUGUUUAAAACAUUUUUUUGGCUCUAUGGCUGUAUUGUGAUCUGGCCAGAACUUUUUUUUUUUUUUUUUGAAAAGAACACUUUAGAAAAAAUGAUAACCUUUCUAACAAAUACCAUAUGGUGUUUACUUGUUAAAAGUUUAUUGGGUUGUUACAUAUAAGAUUUUGAACACCUUAGUUUAGGUCCAACUGUAACAAAUUCUCAGGUCCUCGGUGGUAUAGCGUACAUCUAAACUGGUAAAGGGAGAUAACCGUUUUGACCUCCAUACCAUGACACAGAAACAAAUUUUAUUCUGUACAAACUUUGAUUUCACUUAACGUUAAUAGAUCUUGAAUUUGUUUUUAUUUGAUAGUUUAUUUUGCCAAUUUGAUGAGAAAUGCUAUUGGCACUAAAAGAACAUACUGGGCUUUUUAUCAUGUCCGUUUGUGGUCCUUGUACCUACAAAGGUACUGCAAAAACUAGAAGUGUUUGAAGUGUCUCGUUCAGACAGUUUCUGUUAUUAUACAUUUUAUUUUAUUGCUUUUAGAGGGAGGGCUGAUUUUUACAACCCUUACCUCGUUCGCCGACGGGGUUAAGUAAUAAAAAGCUAAUGUAUGUUUGUAUAAAUAGAAAAAAACAACAACCCUUAUUUAAUCAGAAAAUCAGAGCUCGGUUUAGCACAGAGCAUUAGCAUCACAGAGAAUUGACAUAUAAAAUUAAUAUACAUUUCAUAUGAGCUUAGUAACUAAUACCUCGACUUAGAUAGCAAUCUUAUUUAAUUCCGUGCUAAUACAGAUAUUGUCAGUUUCGCUUGCUAUCAUUAUAUGAGCACCUCUAUUUACGGUCGGAAGUUUAUUUAUCAGUCGAAGGCUCCUUAACAUGGACGUUCUCUGACUGUUUCACAUUUCUCGUGACCUAAAUAUCGAAGCUCAUCUGCAAUCAUAUACAUGUAUUUUAAUGUUGUGUAUGACUAUUUGUAAUAUAUAAACAUGAUGUGCACAGAAUGAGGAAAAGUACAGUGCAACCUCGUUAUACUGCCGCCAUUUGUCCAGGGAAAUUUUGGCGUUAUAAAGGGGUUUGGCAAACCGUGUAUUUAAUAUAUUAAGAAAAUAUCGUAAAAGGAUCAAUCGGGAACUGACGUUACCUUCCGUAAAUGAGAAAACAUUUCAAAAUAUUCAUGCUAUUUUACCGUUUUACCGUAGCAUGCUUCUCAUUUAAAAAAAACAACAUUUCCACGCUAAGAAACAUGACAAAUCUAGUACAUGACUGAUUGUAGUGGUGAUUACCUCCCCUUGUUUGUUAAAUUCUGCAUCUUCAUUUACUAGUCUCAAAACAAUAUCCGGCACUCAUGGAAAGAAUUUUGGUCGGCAAAUAGCUCAGAAAAACAAGAUUAUAAACAAUGCUUUAACGAUGUGGAUGCGUUUUUUCUAUAUCAAUAUACAAUAUACAUAUUUUGAUAUUCAUGAAGUAUAUAUUAUUAUUGUUGUUGUUAAGUCUAACGAUAUAAAUGCAUGUUUAGUUGAUAUGAAGAGUCUUGUCAAAAUUGAAUCAUGGUUUCAUAAAAAGAAAUGUUUUCAA